AUUAAAUACACAUAUGUAUUUAAUCUAUGGUUGUAGUUACAUAAUCCCGAACAAGCAAGAACUACUCAAGUACUCAGGUUUUAUUGUAAUCAAUUGGGGUACAACUGUAUUUUGUGCCACCGACGGAACGAUAGUGUAACGACCAAGUAUAAUCGGUCCUACUCGUUCCACCAAUGUACUCGUUACUUUGGACCGAUUACACGAGUACGGACCCAUCACUACUAACGUAUCCACUGUAGAAUUGUUAACUUCUAGUCGUUAAAUAAUCGUAAAUUAAAAAAAAUGUAUUUUAAUACCUUGACUUUAAACGAUAAGCAUUAAAUUAACUACCAUUUUUAAUAUCAAUCCUAAUGCUUAAAAUUAUGAUAAGUAAUAUUAAAUUUUUAUCAAUUAUUCUCGGCACAAAUUUUCUUAAUUGUCAUGUUAUUGUUUUAGUAUUCUACUACAUUACAGAAUAUUCUUAUAACUAAUACUAAGUAUAAUUUAUUAUUAUACUAAUUAUAACUAAGAAAAAAAGUUAUUUAGGAAAUAAAUAUGGAUUACAGUAAAGAGAUAAUAGAGAAGUGUGGUGCUAAAGUUCAUAUAAAAUACCAAGAUGUAGUGAACAAAAAAUUACAACAGAUAAUUUAUGAUGGUUUUGAAAAAUUACAAAUCAUAUCAGACUUUGAUCGGACCAUAUCCUGUUCUGAGCAUAACAAAAUACCUACCAAAAGUAGUUUCUGUGUAUUUGAAUCAUGUAAGAGUCUGACAAAAGAUUAUAAAGAAAAAGCUCAAGCAUUAUAUCAUAAAUAUAGACCUAUUGAAGAUGAUCCAAAUAUGACAGUAGAAGAAAAGCUACCUUAUAUUGAAGAUUGGUGGAAUCAAAGUGAAGCGUUAUUAAAAAGUAUAAGAUUUUGUUAUGAAGAUCUUGAUAUAGCUACAAAAGAAGCUAAUGUUAAACUUCGAGAUGGCUGUACAAAAGCUUUUCAAAAUUUAUUUCAACACAAUGUGCCUGUUAUCGUUAUGUCUGCUGGUAUUGGAGAUGUUGUUGAGUUGACGUUGGUUCAUGAAAAACUAUUUACUAAAAAUGUAUCUGUAGUAUCAAAUUUUCUUAAUUUAGCUUUAGAUAAUGAUGGAAAUACUAUUAUUAAUGGAUUUAAAGAUUAUCCUAUCAUUCAUGUUUUCAAUAAAAAUGAACAUAGAUAUUUAGAAGCCCAUAGCAAUGAUACCAUGUUGAGUGGACGUUUGAAUGUUAUUCUUUUAGGAGAUUCUUUAGGAGAUGCCAAUAUGGAUGGUGGAAUCCCGUAUAAUAAUGUACUACGCAUUGGCUUUUUAAACAAUGAUGUUAAAGAUGAAAACGAUCCAUAUUUACACCAAUAUGAACAUGCAUUUGAUAUUGUUUUAAUACAAGAUCAGACUAUGAAUGUACUAAACUAUAUCAUAAAUGAAAUUGAAAACUGCAAAUGAAUUUCCCAUUUUUUAUUUCUUUGAUUUUUGUUCUAUAUUGUCAUACUUACAAAUUUGUGAGUAUUGUCUUGAAGUAUUGAUUUAUCGUUUUGUUAUUAUUAUUAAACAAUAUUUCUAUUUUAAGUA